AUGUUCCGCCAAAUACGCGUAGCACCCGAAGACACUAAAUAUCAGUGUAUCUUCUGGCGUCCUUCAGAAAACUCUCCGCUAGCAGCUUAUCGUUUGGAAACCGUCACAUACGGCACGGCGUGUGCACCCUUUCAUGCCAAUCGCGUCUUAAAACAACUCGCGAAAGACGAAGGCGAAAAGUAUCCGUUGGGAGCAGCCAUCUUGUUAGACGAAUUCUACGUAGACGAUGCUAUGUUCGGUGCAGACGAUCCGUCGCUAUUAGUAGACAUGCGCGAUGAGCUGAACCGAUUGCUCAUGGCGGGCGGGUUUAAAUUGAGGAAAUGGGCAAGCAACUCUUUGUCACUCCUCAAAGAUAUCCCAGCAGAGGAUCAUGGGUUAGCGGUUAGCAGAACCUUGCAAGAUGACGAAAGGGUUAAGGUGUUAGGAAUUCAGUGGAACCCUUCCUCCGAUGUCUUUCAUUUCCAUACGAAUACUCCCGAACUUAAGAAAUAUACGAAGCGGGCAUUCUUAUCGCUAUUGGCAAAAACGUACGACCCGUUAGGUUGGAUAGCACCCUUUAUUGUUCAAGGAAAAAUAAUCUUACAAAAGUUGUGGUUGGCAAAAGUUAGCUGGGACGACAAUUUACCUCCAGAUUUAGCACGCGAUUCGUACGCUGCAGCGGUGUAUAUCCGAGUAGAGUCUUCGUCAACAAAGGUUACGCUGCUGUAUGCAAAAACUAAGGUGGCCCCGUUGAAAGUGCAGAGCAUUCCUCGGCUUGAACUCUGCGCGGCUGAGCUGUUGAGUCGGGCGAUCAAUUUUGUUCUUGGGGCGUUGCGAGUCAAACUCGAUGCCAUCGUCUGUUGGUCAGAUUCAAAGGUUGUAUUAGAUUGGUUAAAUGCACCUCCAGGAAACUGGAAGACCUUCGUAGCAAACCGAGUAUCAGAAGUGCAAACGAGCUUACCUUCGGCUCUGUGGCGUCACGUCCCAGGGACGCAAAACCCCGCCGAUUGUGCGUCGCGAGGAUGCUCAGCCAGGGAUCUCAGGACGCAUGAUCUCUGGUGGAGUGGACCGAGCUGGCUGUCAGAUCCCUCGGAGAGCUGGCCACAGCAAGGGUUCACUCCAAGGGACGAGCAGGUCGGCGAGGAAUGUUCGGUACAGGUGGUGUCAAACGUAGAUCACAAGGUGGAACCGUUGGAGAUCUUCUCUCGUUUCUCUUCCUGGCCUAAAUUAUUGAGAGUACUUGUAUACGUGUACAAAUUCUACAACGCGUGCAGAAAAAGUCCAAACACAGAGAAAGGCAAGGUCGUCUCGAAGACAGAAAUACAGUUCGCAAAAACUAAAUGCUUUCAACUGACACAAGCUAAUCACUUUCCAACAGAAUUGAGAGAACUUGCUAAACCAAAAGGAGUGCUAACUAAAAGUUCAAUUUUGGCUCUUUCCCCGUAUUUAGAUAAAGAUCACAUAAUUCGCGUGGGUGGGCGCUUAAAGUACUCACCUCUGCCUGAAUCGGAGAAACAUCCGAUAAUACUUCCGCGAUGCCACGUCACUUCACUAAUUUUGAGGCACGUGCACAUCAUGACGCAGCAUGGAGGGCUGCAACUGACACUGUGA